CACGUUAGCUCAUUUAUAAAAAUGAAAUCGCGCUUGGUUUGCUUAUUGCUGUUGGUUUUUAUUGCUGCUGCUAGCGCUGAGCAGCGAAGAAUUAGAACUAAGAAAGCAGCCACUUGUAGACCAGAUCUGUGUCCACCUCAUCAGAAGCAUGUGGGAUGUGGUCGUCAAAGGGGCUUUGAAAAAUCUUGCGGCGAUGGCGAAUACUGGAUUCUGAGAGUGGACGGGCCGCUGAAGGAAUCCAUUGUCAAGGAGGUCAACAUGAUGCGCAACAUGGUGGCCAGCGGUCUCUACAACAUGAGCGCAGCAGCUCAAAUGCCCGAAAUGGGCUGGGAUCAGAGGCUGGAGCAAUAUGCCGCGUUGCUGCAGCGUCAAUGUGACACCAAGAACGAGAUUUGUGCAAACACCCAGGACUACAGCUAUACGGCGAUUGCACAAGUCAAGGCCAAGAUACAAAAAAAUACGAGAAUAGGUCAGUACAUAAUGAAUAUAUUAAUGCCCUCCUGGAUGUCCGAUAUACUUGGCUGUCAAAUGGACGCAAGGCAUAAAAUAACGCCAAUUGAAGGUGCCAAUGGCACCUGCGUUGGUCACUACUUGCCGCUGAUACAGGACAAUGGCAAUCGCAUGGGCUGUGCAGGACGUUACGAAAUAGUCAGAAAGGAAGGUUCAGAGGAAAGAGUACUACAAUUGUUGUGCGUUCUAUCGCGCACCCAAGUGGGUCUCGCACCACCCUAUGUAGUUGGCAAAGCCGCCGGACGUUGCGCGGCAGGAUCGAAUAUGAAGUACAAAUACUUGUGUCAUUAUCUCGAGGAUGUCGAUCCUAACGAUGUUAUCGAACCCAAAAAAGAAUAACUUGCUAUGGCAUGACAAUGAAUAAAAAGCUAUAAAUAACAAUAACCAGAUGUAAAGAUUUUAUAGCUGGAAAUAGAGAUCGCUUAAAAAAUAAAUACAAUUAACUUAAAUAAUAAAACACAAACAAUGA